AUGCAAACAUAUACGCGCGCCGAGGAGGAGCUUACCGCGAUUCUUGUUACAGAGCUACUAGCGAUUUCAACACAAGAGUCCAUUUUGCGCGGGGCUCAGCCUGCGGAGCGUGUAAUAGAAAUUGGCCCAGGGGAGACUCUGUUAAACAUGGCUAAGAAGACAUUGGAUAUUUCAUGUAGUGUCCAAGACCUUGUUGCCGGUCGUACCCGGCAGCUUCUCAGCUAUGCAAAGAACGCAGAGGAGAUUCAAUACUCGGUGCAGUCUCCAUCGGACGCUGAUAUUCCUACAAACAGUCAUGCUUCUUCAUCAGCAGAAUCAACACAGUUAUCUGUUGCGGUCCCAACCGCAUUUUUGGCUCCAGCACCCACCACAGGACCCCUUAAGAUCGAAGACAUACCAUUGAAUGCAUCCGAUGCCCUGCGCACAAUUGUCUGUACUGGUCUGAAAAAACAGUCGGAUCAGAUUUCAUUCACAGAAACGAUUAAACGUUUAUGCGGAGAUAAUUCAGGUCGUUCGCCUUUGGAGAAUGAGAUAGUGGGCGACUUGACAGUGGAAUUUGGGAAUCUUCCAGAUCAGCCAGAGGAUCUGACGUUGUCUCAGCUAGCGGUUACACUCAACGAGAGCCAACAAGUCAGAGUAUUGGGUGCAUGGAGCAACUCGAGAAUCGGAAGAUUCGCCACUUCCAAGCUGUCCGCAGGCUCAAGUAUCUCGUCGUUGCGACGGUACCUAUCUAGCCGCUGGGGGCUGGGCCAAGGGUUACAGGAUAGAGUAUUGCUCGCGUCUCUAUUGAAUCAGCCCUCGGCCCGUCAUUUGGACGAGACUGCAACACAAGGAUUUCUAGACGACAUGACAAGAAAGGUUUUAGCCGCCCACAAAAUCAACUAUGAAGCAAGCUCUACAGGAGCCAUAAGCCAGCCUGCUGGUGCUGCUAAUAUCUCACCUGAAAUUCUUCUCGCCCUUCAAAAAGACAGUAUUGCACAUGACGAACGCUUGUUGGAUGUGUAUGCACGCCGCUGUAACCGGGAUCUCGAUGACUCUUCCGAGUCAUUAGCAACUAUCAAGAAAGAGAUGAGCAGAAUCCAAAGCCAAUUGGACUUGUGGGUAGAGGAGCACGGGCAAUUCUAUGGCGAUAAUCUAGGUCCGAAGUUCGACCCACUCAAAGUCCGCACGUUUGACUCCUCCUGGAACUGGGUUCUCCAAGAUUUCAUGGUGUGGGAAUCAUCCUGGAAAAACAGCAACGGGUGUGAAAUAGCGACCGCGACCGAUCGUGAUCUCCAAUAUCUCGGCUUUCAAACAAGAGCCACUUCCCGUUUGCUGCAGACAAUUGAUUUUAUUCGAAAUCGAUCUGCUCAAGAUAAAGUCCAGAUGGAGCAACUGGAGAGAAUUCGUGAAUUCGUGUCUGAGGGAAUCAAAAAGCCCCCCUACAUUUCACUGUUCAUCAGAAAAGGCGUUCAUCUCAACUUUGAAUUACUGCUGGAAGGUGACGAUAGCUACUUCAAAGAGGCCGUAUUCGAGCAGAAUCCUACUCCAUCAAAUUCGGACACCAGCACCCCUGGGGAACCAAGCGAUGGAAUCAUCAACACUCCGCUGAGCACUAUCUCGUCGAGGAAUGAGGACUUGACUGACCAGGCUAUGAAAUUCGGACCUCGGAAUCAUGCCCUCGAACCAACGAUCAAGACAAAAGGACAAAGUGGUUGGUCAUGCAAUGCAAGUAUUACUGCUGAUUUCCACUCUUGGGUAAAAAAGUCAUCUAUCGAUGGGACCUCUUUCGAAGGACAAACAGUUCUGGUGACUGGUGCUGGAAAAGGUUCGAUUGGACAAGAGUUGAUUCGCUUCCUGAUUACUGCUGGUGCGCGAGUACUAGUUACCACAAGCUCAUAUUCCACCGAAGUGACAAACUCCUGGCAAGCACUUUACGCGAAGCACGGAGGUCGCGGGUCCAAACUAUCAGUCCUCCCUUUCAACGCCGGAAGUAAAAAGGAUACCACAUCGGUUGUGGAGUACAUUUUCAACGACCUGGGCUUGGACCUUGAUAUUGUAGUACCGUUUGCUGCAAUCAAAGAAACGGGCCGGGGGAUUGACAACAUCGACUCACGAUCCGAGAUGGCCCACCGGGCAAUGUUGACCAACACAAUCAGACUCCUAGGUGCGAUUAAAACGCAGAAAGAGAAUCGGCGGAUUUUUUCAAACCCAACGCAAGUCAUUCUACCGCUAUCACCAAACCAUGGAAUAUUUGGGAACGACGGCCUUUAUGCUGAGAGCAAGCUGGGACUAGAGUCUCUUCUCAACAAGCAUCAAUCCGAGGACUGGCAAAUGUACCUCAGCGUCUGUGGAGUAGUAAUUGGCUGGACCCGUGGAACUGGGCUGAUGGCUUCGAAUGACAUCUUCGCUAAAGAGAUUGACCAACGCGGAGAUAUGAGAACAUUCUCCACCUCUGAGAUGGCGAGCUACAUAGCCUGUCUCAUGACAGGGCCAGUGCAUACUCUUUGCCAGAUGGAACCACUACUUGCGGAUAUAUCAGGUAAUAUGUCCUCGCAUCCAGACCUGAAAGGACUUUUGAAUCAGAUCCGAGCCGAGCAAGACGAAUCGAAAAAGGUGGCAGUUAUUCGAGCAUGGGAUCAAGAGUCGGAGUCUGUCGAACAGAAAACAAUCAAACCAACUUUUCGACCACGCCCAAUGAUGGUCAUUGAUAAUUAUAAGCUCCCGGAUGACGAGAAAGAGGUUCUUCCAUUACGGAAAGAGCUCGAAGGCAUUGUCGAUCUGGAUCAUGCUGUGGUCAUUGUUGGCUUUGGAGAAGUUGGUCCCUUUGGCAGCAGUCGAACACGAUGGGAGAUUGAGGCGGUUGGAAAACUGUCUAUCCAGGGAUGUGUAGAGAUGGCCUGGCAGAUGGGUCUCAUUCAGUACCACAACGGAGUAUUGAAAGGCGUUACGUACUGUGGAUGGGUCGAUAAACAGUCCGGGGCUCCCAUUGCCGACUUUGAUGUGAAAGAAAAAUACGAGGAGUAUAUCAUCAACCACACUGGACUGCGCUUCUGGGAGCCACAAGGCGAUGAGUCGGCAGGCGCCUCUCAACAAUCCGUUCUUCAUGAAGUUCACGUCACCGAGGACCUUCCCCCUUUCGAAGUCACGCUCGAGACAGCAGAGGAUUUGCAAAGACAGCACGGAAACAAGGUGGAUAUAUUCGGCCGAGAUGGCGAGACAUUUGCUCGGCUCAGGGCGGGCGCGACACUUUUGAUCCCCAAGGGAGCCAAACUAGAUGUUGGAGUCGGGGGUCAAAUUCCAAAAGGCUGGGAUUCCAGUGCCUAUGGUAUUUCCGACGAAAUCAUCAGCCAGGUUGACCCAGUAACACUCUGGACAAUUGUUUCGACCGUGGAAGCGCUGCUUUCGGCAGGUAUUACUGAUUUCUAUGAGCUGUAUCAACACAUCCAUGUUUCCGAAGUCGGGAUCUGCGUAGGAGCCGGUAUGGGGGCAGCGGAGUCUAUUCAGAAGAUGUGGAAGGGGCGUUACACGGACCAGCCCGUUCAGAAAGACAUAUUGGCUGAGACUUUCAUCAACACAACAGGCGCAUGGGUGAAUAUGCUGUUACUGGGUGCAUCGGGGCCGAUACGAACACCGGUGGGCGCAUGCGCGACAGCCCUGGAGUCGGUUGACACAGGAUAUGAUCUUAUAACGACAGGAAAAGCGAAAUUGUGUCUGGUUGGAGGAUUUGACGCGCUACAGAUUGAGACUGCGGCGGAGUUUCGAAAUAUGCAAGCAACAGUCAACGCCACCCAGGAAUCGGCUGCUGGACGAGAGCCUCGAGAAAUGUCCCGACCCAUGACUUCUUCGCGUGCAGGCUUUGUGGAAUCAGAAGGCAGCGGGGUGCAAGUCAUGACAACAGCGCGGUUGGCCUUGGAUAUGGGCCUUCCCAUUCAUGGCAUAGUUGCUUUGUCCCAUACAGCCAGUGACAAAAUUGGACGCUCUGUGCCUGCUCCAGGCGAAGGACUCCUAACUGUGGUUGCUGAAACGCCUUCCAAGUUCCCGUCUCCCAUGCUCAAAACCGCGUAUCGUCGGCGGAAUAUUGUGUUGAGGAAUUCCCAAAUCCAGGAGAAAAGAACAGAAGAUUUGGCUUGGCUGGAUCAAAAUGCUAGUGGAUAUGACACGGAAAGCGUGGAUGCUAUGAGAUCUGAGAUCGAGAUGGAGGCAGAGCGAGCCCAAAAAGAGGUUCUUCGUACAUAUGGAAACCGUGUCUGGGAGAACGACGAGCGAAUAUCGCCACUUCGUGGAGCGUUAGCGGUCUGGGGGUUGACGGUAGAUGAUCUCGACUUUGCGUCUCUGCAUGGGACCUCGACUGUUAAAAAUGAUUUGAACGAGACAAAUGUCAUCCAGCAACAAAAUGCGCAAUUGGGUCGAGCACCAGGGAAUCUUUUACCUUGUGUCUGUCAGAAAUGGCUGACUGGGCAUGGAAAAGGGGCUGCAGCUGCGUUUGCCCUCAACGGCUGUCUGCAGGUGCUUUCCAGCGGGCAAAUCCCGGGAAAUCGCAACGCGGACAACAUCGACCAGCAACUUGAUGCGUCCAACUAUUUGGUGUUUCCGAACCGUACCAUUGUUGCUACCAAGCCCUUGAAAGCAUUUACAGUCACCUCAUUCGGAUUCGGACAGAAGAAUGCCCAAGUUAUAGGCGUGCACCCUCGAUAUUUGUUUGCAGCCAUCUCUACGGAUGAAUACAGAGAGUACCAGGGGAAGGUCAAUGCCCGUCGGCGACGCGCAUUUCGACAUUUCCAGGAUGGCUUAUACGGCGGCAAGCUAGUGCAGCUUAAAGAUAACUCACCAUAUGCGGAUUCCGACACCGCGAAAUUCUUGAUGGACAGCAAGGGGCGGGCCUCGGAGAAGGAACACCAGCAACAUUAA